AGAAACAGACAGAUAAACACAACAAACAUACAAGUAUGCUUAUUUUCUAACAGUGUCGCGCAGUGUGUAAAUAAAAUAUUGAAAAUCAGCUAACCAAAUUAAACGAGAAAUUUUAUCGUUGCCCCACUGCUUGGAGUGCCAAACAGACAAGAAGAACGGCAACUGGCAACGUAUAAAUAAAUAGGGCAAAGGCAAUACAAUAAUGUGCAACUAGUGGCGGGCAUCUGCAUCUGCAUCAGGAUCUGGAUCUGGAUCUCUUGAGACUCACGAGAGCACUAGAGGAACAAAGGCAACGGCAAAGCUAAAGUGAAAAGCAUCAGACGGACUGAGAAGGGAACAUGAAUCUUGAAUCGUUAUUUCGUGACUUUAAUCCAUGUAAAUUUAUAGUGCACUGCAGCCUAUUUACGUUUGUAACGCUAUUUGCGUUGCGCCUUGAUGGUUACAUAGAUUGGCCCUAUUGGGCCAUAUUUACGCCAUUGUGGGUCUGGAAAUGCACCGCCAUAUUGGGCGCCAUUGUUGGCGCCAUUGUGUGGUGCCGUUAUCCGCACUAUCGCCUGGAAGGCGACUCCUACACACAGUUCAAGGCAAUGCUAAUCUCAUUAUCACUGCAUCUCAUAUUGCUAAUGUUCGAGCUGCUCGCAUGCGAUAAACUCACUUCGGAACGUCAUCUCUGGGUGCUUGUCUUUAUACCAUUGAUCUUUGGAUCUGUCGUCAGUGUGGGAGCCUGCGUUUGGGCCGUUAAACAUGAUCGUUCCUUUGAGCUGGAACUGUUUUUGGCUGUCAAUGCAUUGCAAUUUGUUUCGCUGCCUUUGAAGCUAGAUAAGUUCGUCUAUUGGAAUUGGGAUGUUGUCUUUGUGCCCAUGUGGAUUGUCAUUUGCUUGAGCCUGGUCAGUGUGCUCUACAAUAUCAUAUUCUGUGGCAUCAUGAUGCGCACUCCCGAGGUCUCCUUGCAACAAAAGAAGGCGGCCCUGAAUGCGGCCGUUGGCAACAUUUGUACCGUCCUGCCGCUGCUCUGUUUUCAGGUGGUCAUCUGUGACAAACUGGAUGGUGAAAUCAAGUUUCCGUAUAUUGUUGUGUUUGCCCCACUGCUCGUCUCAAUACUGGCACUCAUCGUCCUCAGCUUCACCGCCAAAGGGGGUAACAUGUGGUGGUUUGGCAUACGGAAAUCGUUUAGCCAAUUUCUGCUGUCUGCAAUGCCAUUCCUGCAGGAAUAUGGCAACAUUAGCUAUCAUGCGGAGACACAAAGUAAUGCCGGCCAAUCGGUGCCACUGGAUGCAUCCUCAUCGUCCACUAGCAACAUGGCAGCCACUGAGCCACUGCACGAGUUCAGCAAGCAUGAUAAGAAGAGCAAGAAGGCGGCCAAGAAUGAUAUUAUGAAGCCAGUGGUGCCAUUCAUCAGCAUUGAUUUGCCUGAUUAGACACACAAGUUGAAAGAGACGGACACACACAGUUAGAAAGAGAGAGAGGGAGAGAGAGAGAGAGAGAGAUAGAGAUAGAGAGGGAGAGAGCAAGAUGGAUUGAUCAACUUGUAAUGCAACACAGCACAACUAAUAACAAUAAUUAUAACAAUUCGCAUUGUUAUCAAUAUUAUCAAAUCAUACACACAUACAUACUUAUAUAUUUGUGCACCUACUUUUAGGUGUUUAGCUUUAAGCAUACAUACAUACAUACAUAUGUAUACAUAUUCACAUACAUAUACAAACCAUUGGCCGUAGCUAAUUCGUACUGAAUUUAAUUUGUAAGUCCCCCCAUUCUCACUCACACCUGUGACCUACACACCCUUACCCCUCCACACACCAGCGCAAUAACUAGCACAUACACACUCACACAUGCAUAUAAUAAGUGUACAUAUAUACGGGCCAUUAAUUUUCCUAUCAACUAUUUAUCCAAUUUGAUUAUUCCUCAAUUAUCCUUUGAUGAAAUCGUCC